GCGCAAGUCCGCAAGAUGGCGGCGGCUGGCGCCGGCCGUCUAAGGCGGGCGGCUUUCCUGCUGCUCCCGGUCCCGCGCCUGCCUGCUCGGGAGCUGUCAGCUCCGGCUCGGCUCUAUCACAAGAAGGUUGUUGAUCAUUAUGAAAAUCCCCGAAACGUGGGGUCCCUUGACAAGACAGCUAAAAAUGUUGGAACCGGAUUGGUGGGCGCUCCGGCCUGUGGCGAUGUAAUGAAAUUACAGAUUCAAGUGGAUGACAAGGGGAAGAUCGUGGACGCCAGGUUUAAAACAUUUGGCUGCGGUUCUGCAAUUGCCUCCAGCUCAUUAGCCACCGAAUGGGUAAAGGGGAAGACGGUGGAGGAAGCCUUGACCAUCAAAAACACAGACAUCGCCAAGGAGCUCUGCCUGCCCCCGGUGAAGCUGCACUGCUCCAUGCUGGCCGAAGAUGCCAUCAAGGCCGCCCUGGCUGAUUACAAACUCAAGCAAGAACCCAAGAAAGGAGAGGCCGAGAAGACAUGAGUCCUAGACGAAGCCCCCACCCCAGUCACACAAGCUGCUCCCCCUCCCACGCCGUCACCGCUUAGCAGUCACGUAGGUGUUCAGAUGCCCUCUGCCCUCGCCCUACAAUAAAAGAACCAUGAGACCCGCACAUUUGCCGUUCACAUUGUGGCUCUAAUGCAAGCACAAUACACAGUCUAGUUGUUCUGAAUCCUGUGGGUUCUCGCAGCUCACGUUUAUAGCCUUACCCCAGCCCAUGUCUAUUGUGAAUUGUGUGGAGGGCCCUUAAAACCGAAAUGAGUAGUGCAGUCUCCCAUUUGGGUGGUCAAGUACUAAUUUUACCUGAGCCUGUUUUGGAAAAGCCUACCCGGAGAAUGCCUUGGAAAGCUUGUUUGGUAGGCCCAAGUAUUGUACAUAACGCAGAUCUGCCUUUAUAUAAUAAAAGAAAGUAAGAACGUUUUUCUCUG